CAUGCGCAGACCGGUAGAACGAUUCAGGCAGAUUCAGCGGUGACUAGGUAUCACGUACCGCUCUGUUAGUGUACAUCUGUUCUUUCGCCGACUGUAAACAUUGAUUAUUCAACAGUUAGCCGUUUCUAUCAAGCAGGAUUACAGUAACCGAGGCGUGAAAGAAUAUGCCCAAGAAUAAAGGUAAAGGAGGAAAGAACCGGCGGCGUGGAAAGAACGAAAAUGAGUCUGAGAAAAGAGAGCUGGUGUUCAAAGAGGAUGGACAGGAAUAUGCUCAGGUGAUCAAAAUGCUGGGAAACGGACGUCUGGAGGCCAUGUGCUUUGACGGAACCAAGCGGCUUUGCCACAUCAGAGGAAAACUCCGGAAAAAGGUUUGGAUCAACACGUCAGACAUCAUCCUGGUCGGACUCAGAGAUUACCAGGAUAACAAAGCUGAUGUCAUCCUCAAGUACAAUGCAGAUGAGGCUCGUAGUUUGAAAGCCUACGGAGAGCUGCCAGAGCAUGCUAAAAUCAAUGAGACAGACACGUUCGGACCUGGAGACGAUGAUGAGAUCCAGUUUGAUGACAUUGGCGAUGAUGACGAGGACAUUGAUGACAUAUAAACACCGGCUACAAGAGAGGGAAUGUUGGAUUUUAGUUCAAAUGCUCCGAUUGGGAUAUUUUGAGCCGAUACUUCGCACCAAUAAUAAAUAUUUUUAUUAAGAUCAGCCUAUGCCAAUCCAAUACAGUUUAUUAAAAUACAGUAUGUUUCCCAUUUUUUCAGUUUGUUUACCAUCAGUCAACGUCUUUGUUGAACUUUUAAGUGCGUUUCACAUUAGGGGAAAAAUGCCAUCAGUACUUUGAGUUUAUUAAAUGAGUAUAUUUCAGAUGCUGCUUUGGUAAACCUGUCUGUUAUCACUCGUAGCAACGGUCGCCUGGUGACUGAUGACGACACAGACAGUGGGAUUGGAGAAUCAGAGUAGGCUGAUCACCAGCAUCAUAUGUAGAGUGAAAAUCAGGAGCAUUGAUAGAUUUGUACCCGUUUGCUUCAACAAAACGACAAAGUCGUCACUGUGUUUAUGGAGUUUUUCUUUUUUUCUUUCUUGUAUCGUCCAACAAACACUCACUCACUGAUACUAAAAUGCAAAAUGUCUCACCAGUGCAAACUGCAACGUAAUCUUUUUAAAAAUGUAUUUAUAUCUAUUUCACACUAUGUGGAAUAUUACUUCGAAUACAGAAUCUCUGGAUUCGCCAAUAAACAUAUAAACCAUUUUGUGUUUUUUUUUUUUUCCUUUUUUUUUUUUGUCCUUUGUAGCUGUGGUCUGUAAGACAGUUUCUAAAGUUUCAGACAGUCUGAAAGCUGUUGAUUGACAGGAGAAAGAGAAAAGCACUGACUAUAGCUCUGUGUCCUGUGAGUUCAUGUUGUAUUCAUCAUAGUCCACUGACAAAAUGAACUUAUCUGCUCGUUUUGAAUCGAAACAUGGCCUAAUGAAGGCGAUCCCUCCCUGGAAUCAAAAGAAAAAUCUAAAUGUAUUUUUCUAUAAUUUCCCUUAUUUGUGUUUCUGUCUGUCUGUUCUGUUUUGAACUCUUUGCUGCUCGCUCUGUAGCCUCAACGCUCAGUGGAGCUCGGCUCAGUCGGCCGCGCCGUCUCAUUCUAGACCAGUGGUUCCCAAACACUUCCACAGCAGAUGCACACACCAGUAAAACCUCACAGAUCAUUAACGUAUAUCGUCAAAUACCUAUUUUCUCUCUUGUCCCCUUUCAGCACCUCAGUUUGGGAACCUCUAGUCUAGACCGCAUGAGGCCUGUUGCUGUUGUUGCUGUAACUCUGAAUUAAUAAAAAAAUGUAGUAUGAUGUUUGAAGGCUGGGUUUCCAAUAAAGAUCUUAACUCCA